AUGGUGACGGCCGUCUUACCAGUGGUUACCGGUGGAGGACCCAGCCCUCGAAUUGAGGGUGACCAGUUAGAGCCAAACACUGAUGCUCCCUCGUCCAGACUCGCCGGUUUUGUUGGGAUGUGCACGGGAUGUGGUGCUCUAAUUUCCCUUACCAUUCUCCUCCCCCUUCCGGCUCACUUUCAAGAAAUGGGGCUUUCACCAGCGAGCGCUAUCCAGUAUACUUAUUAUACAACAGCUGUCAUAGCUGUUGUGGUCAGUUUCUGUUGUUCUGUUGGGUUGAGAAACCUGCCUGGAGAAGACGGCAAGUCAUGGACCGCGCUCUGGACGGAUCUGCGGUCCGAUACUCAAACAGCCGAACCCACCAGGCACUCUUCUCGCACAAUAUACAGAACGCGCUUUCCGUAUCUGAACCAACUUGGCUCUGCAAUUUCGCUGGGAUUUCGCAAUCGCGAUAUCUUUAUCGGCUACCUUGGAGGGUUCGUAGCUCGAGCCUCCUCCGUCGGCAUAUCACUGUUUAUCCCCUUAUUUGUGAACAAUUAUUAUCGCAGGUCUGGCCUCUGUGAUGAACAGCCUACUGAAGGGCCCGAUCCUGGGGACAUAAAGCGGUCAUGUCCGAAGGCCUAUGUGCUCGCCUCAAUCCUGACCGGCGUUUCUCAGCUUAUAGCGCUACUCGCGGCUCCAGCCUUCGGGUAUUUAUCGGAAAGGUCGCGAAGAUACCACCUACCACUUUUCAUUGCAUGUCUGGCUGGAGUCGUGGGAUAUUCGGUGCUUGCAGUCCUGCCUAGCCCCGAGUUCAAGGGCGAAAAAGGCGGGCCUGGGAUCUUUGUAGUGAUGGCAUUGGUUGGGGUUAGCCAAAUCGGCGCCAUAGUGUGUAGUUUGUCAGUGUUGAGCAAUGGUAUCCUUAGCAUGACAUCUUCAGCCGAGGCAACACAAAACGCAGGCAACAGUCAGACUCCAAGCACGGCCCCAGAGUCCGACGAGCAACAGCCUUUGCUGGAAACACCUGUUCAUCGAAAACAGCAGCCCUCGGAUCUGAAAGGCUCAAUUUCCGGGGUAUAUUCUCUGUUUGGAGGAGCCGGGAUCUUGUUGCUCACCAAACUCGGGGGGUUGUUGUUUGACGUUUUAGACUCAGGCGCUCCCUUCUACAUCAUGGCCGGCUUUAACGGCGUUCUGGUGCUUGUCGGCGUUCUUAGCGGCCUAACCAUCCACUUCAAAAUAAGCCAGUAG